UGGCUGGAAACCAUGCCAGUUGGUCUGUGAACGCGUGUGUGGGGGUGUUUGUCAAGCUCUUGCUGUUUUUAUCAUGGAGCUGUAGCAGCAUGACAGCGGCUGGAUGUACAUAGGCUGCCUGUUCAAGAAAAAGGUCAACAGAAAAAGAAAACCGUGUUGGGCAGGUCAAAGCCAAGGAUGGGGACAAUCCCAAACGACAUCAGGAGGCUCUUGGAUGAUUGCGAGCUGUUUGUAUCUGACCUCCUCCAAGAUGAGAAUCUGAGUGAGACUGCUGAGGAGACUCGGCAGGUCCUGCUGUAUAACUUCAGAGUCUUCCAUACCAGAAAUCCUCAGGAGUUCCCCUCACGAUUGGAUAUCAGGGAUGAAGACGGUUCUGACGACAACCGCAGUUCCAGUCUGGGUCGAUCUGCCCCUUCAGAUGACGCGUCUGUAGCCUCUGACUACCAGGAGGAUGGAGUCCCUGAGUACUUUGGUGACAUCACCCCAGUGGCAGCUCAGGACCUCAGCAACAUCCUGAAGCAAGGCUACCUUGAGAAGAAGCGAAAAGACCACAGCUUCUUUGGCCCAGAGUGGCAAAAGAGAUGGUGUGUCCUGAAUAACUCCAUUUUCUACUAUUUUGGGAGUGAAAAAGAUAAACAGCAGAAGGGCUCGUUUUUUAUCAGCGAUUACAGCGUAAAGCUGGUGACCAACUUGAGAAAAGACUCCAAAAAAAAUUUCUGUUUUGAACUCACUGCUCCCGGACGACGGGCUUUCCAGUUUACUGCCAGCAGCCCUCAAGAGGCCAGAGAAUGGGUGGACCAGAUCAAUUUUGUUCUCAGGGAUCUCAGCUCCAAUGUCAUCCCGGUGGACGAGGAAGAGGACGAGGAUGAGGAGGAGGAAGAGACCUAUGAUGACAUAGGUGAGGGGGGAGGCAGCCGCCCCCCGCUGCAGCCGGUCCGGGCCUCCCAGGGCAGCAAGCUGGGAGGAGGGCAGGAAGCAGGGGAGGGCGAGGAGGAGGAUGAGGACGACAUCUACGAGAUGCUGCCAGAUGAGGAUUUUUCAGAAUCGCUUGUUGAGAAUUCCGACAGCAAACCAGAUUGUGCGUCAGAUUUUGCCAACUUCUAUCAGGGUUUAUGGGAUUGCCAGGCUGACGAGGCAGACGAGCUGGACUUUCACAGAGGAGAUCUCAUCUACAUCAUCAGUAAGGAGUACAACAUCCACGGCUGGUGGGUCGGCGAGCUGAACGGCACCGUGGGUAUCGUCCCCAAGGACUUCCUGCAACCCGCCUACAUCCUGUGACCCCUCCAGGCUCCUCCAGACGGAUCCAGCUGCAAUUUCACCGACCCACAUGUCAGCUUGUCUUUUGUAAUCUGAAAGUUUUCCCUUGUUAAGACUUUAAAUUAUUAGUGUUUGUGCUGCAGUAGCAGUUUCUCCUACGCCCUUUAAACGCCCCGCCAGCUGCACUGGCGUUGAACAGGCGGCAGGAAGUUUAGCAUCCCCUUUAUUGUAAAUCAGUUCAAGCUUCUCAGAGGUACGACGGAGUAUUAGGGCCAAACUAAGACAAAAAAAUUUACGAGAAUAAAGUCGUAAAAUUACGAGAAUAAAGUCAUAAUAUUACGAGA